AUGGCCCCUAGUCUCCAGAAGGCCUUAAGUGGUCAAAGGGUGUUAAGAAUCCCUGGGAGGUAUGCAAUAGUGGAGGGAUGUUGCAGAAAAAUUCAGAAUGGCCCCUCUAUGGUACUUAGACUUGGAAUGCUCAAUACUUAUAUUUUCAUUUCAGUGGAUGAUUUUGUUGAAGAUUAUGUCAUCACAAGCUCAUUCAAUGGAACAGAUGCAGAAUAUAUAUCCAAAUAUUUAGCGGUGAAGUUUGUUCCAGUAGAUGAAAAAAUUGUGAACAUGAAACUGAUCAACAGAGGUUCUAGAGACAUACUGUGCACUAAGUGGAAGAUUUAUUUCUCACUAAUUGUUGUUAGUGAAUGCUGUGAUUCUCAGGUAUGUUUUGAAAGAGUUAAUGGGUAUCUAUUUAAACUAUUCCCUUUUGCCUGUGAAGCUGGCAGUGUCAUUUUAAAAAAACAUUCUUCAAGAGUUAUGGUAUACUGUGACAUUUUAUUGCCAAGCAUCUAUUUUGUUUUCCCAAAUUGGUUUGUUGUUGGACCUGAUCUUAAAUCUUUUGUUUUGCAUAGCAGCAAAUUCAGGGAUCCAUCAAAAAUUGUUUCCACCAUUCCUUCGUACUCCUCACGUAGCAGGUUCAUCAGAAACUCCCAUCUGAACUGCAACAGAAGCAGAGAGAAAAAUUUCUAUAAGAAUUUCGUUCUACCCUCCCCAAUGAUGUCGGAUGAUGUCUCAAAAUUGAAAGUCACUCGUUCUCUAGUUAUUGAUGACACUUGGAUCAUCUGCAUUGGGUCUCCAGUCUUAAAUGAAGCUGCUUUCCUUGCUAGGUAUUUGAAGAUAAAAACGAGAGACAUCGAUCAAUGUAGCAGCACCUCAGAACUCACCCCGAGAACCAUCGUUUUGAAAGCAAAUGAAGAACUAGAUGGUCUUGGUUUUGAUGCAGAGGAUCCGAGAUUAGGUGAUGGUUACGUCAUCACACUGACCACCAGAGAUGUAAUUGUAUUGAAAGCCAAAUCUGCUGCAGGAAUAUUUUACGGGGUGCAGUCACUGAUUAGUAUGCUGUCUGAUGGGGCUGUCAUUUUCUAUGAUGGCCCAGUUAGGAAGGUUGUGGAUGUUCCUAGAUACAAGUACCGUGGUUUGCUGCUGGACGUAGGCAGGCACUUUCUCGAUAAAUCUUACAUCAAAAGGACGAUUACAGUGAUGUCACAGUACAAAUUAAAUGUUCUCCACUUACACCUGACGGAUGACGAGGGUUGGAGACUGCAGAUUCCUUCCAUUCCUGAACUCACUGAGGUAGGCAGCCAUCCAAGGUUGGGGCCUGAAUCGGAUAGGGUGGACUUUCUGUACCCCUACCUAGGCAGCAUUCCGAAAUAUUAUAACGACUCACAAUCUGCCACUGGGCCACUCAAUGCUCUUCUCAAUUAUGUUUAUGGUGAUAAAAAUAUAAGUUAUAAUGACGAUGAUGUUGAUGGCAAUAAUUUUAAUCGUCGACGCUUAAACACGAAAGGGCAAUACUACACUUGCAAAGACUACAGAGAUAUAUUACGCCAUGCCGUUCGACAUCACGUAACUAUUUUACCGGAAAUUGAUUUUCCAGGUCAUUCCCAUGCCGCCAUCGUUAGCAUGCGAGCUCGGCGACGUAGGCAGCGGCUGAACAGAAAGUUGAAUGUUUAUGAGCGCGCCAGGCAAUUCAUCGUUAAUUCUUCCAUUCUAGCUCAUCGCAGAGAUGCUCUGCUGCAAAAAUUGACCGAUGCCCAGAAAAAUUUUGGUUUGGAAUCUGACGAUGAGGUGUUUGAGGGAAAUUCGGUUAAUUGUGGGAAGCACACUGUAAUCAACGUGUGCCUACCUAGUAGCAUGCAGUUUAUAAGUACUGUCGUUCAAACUGUCGUCAACUUACACAAAGACAUCCAGCCAUUAAAGAUGAUUCAUUUGGGCGGUGAUGAGGUGCCCUCUGGUGCAUUCGACUUGAAAAGUUGUAAGAAUAUUAUAAAAAACGAUUCGAAUGAGGCUUUAAGUGCAAAACAAGUGAACGCAAGAGCUCUCGAAUACAUCGUUGACGUAGGUAGGAAGUACGGGCUGGAGGUGAUAAUGUGGGGCUCGGACAUGAUGAACUUGAUGGAGAGGAAGCUGCAACCAGAUGCCGUCAACUUCUGGCUCUACAGUAACGACCAGACCAAUGGCCAGUUGGAAUCCUCUCUACAAAACCUCGCCAGGCUGCAACAUUCAACGAUAAUUCUAUCUGACGCAAGCAGUUUUUACGUGGAUCACCCGUACGAGCCAUCGAACGAGGAGAGGGGACUGACGUGGAGCACCGACUUCAUCGACGACUUCAGCAUACUUUCCUACAAGGAACCUCAAUUCUUGCAAGAUCCUACAAUGAAGAGAAAAAUUUUAGGUCACCCUAAGUUCAUUGAUACGUGGUUGCGUUGGAGAGUUUUUAAAAGAGUUCAGUUGAGUUUGUGGGGCGAGUUGAUUCUUUCAGAGGUUGAAUCGGACUACAUGCUGUACCCUCGCAUGCUCGCAUUCGCUCAGUACGCCUGGAGUCAGGCUGAAUUUAUGUUGGAAAAGGGGAAAAGAUGUCGUAUGUGGAACAUUUACGCCGACAUGUUGGUGAGGAAGGAGCUGAAGAGGUUGGAUGAUCUGAAAGUGGAGUAUCGAGUGCCUCUUCCCGGUGCCAGGGUGAUUAAGAAUGACUUGAGCUGGAACGUUGUGUAUCCAGGUCUGUCAGUUGAAGCAAGUCUCGACGAGGGAGCUACGUGGGUGGCUGCACGGCGUGUCAAGGCAAAAAACAUUAAGGACCAUUUACUACUAUCUACGUUGUUCGUUCUGUUUAAUUUUUGA